GGGGGCCCGCGCCGAAGCCGCCGCCCGCGCUGAGCCCCGGCCCGGCCUGCGGCCAGCGCCCGGCGGCAGCAUGAGCCAGGCCGAGCUGUCCACCUGCUCGGCGCCGCAGACGCAGCGCAUCUUCCAGGAGGCCGUGCGCAAGGGCAACACGCAGGAACUGCAGUCGCUGCUGCAGAACAUGACCAACUGCGAGUUCAACGUGAACUCGUUCGGGCCCGAGGGCCAGACGGCGCUGCACCAGUCGGUCAUCGACGGCAACCUGGAGCUCGUGAAGCUGCUGGUCAAGUUCGGCGCCGACAUCCGCCUGGCCAACCGCGACGGCUGGAGCGCGCUGCACAUCGCCGCGUUCGGCGGCCACCAGGACAUCGUGCUCUAUCUCAUCACCAAGGCCAAGUACGCGGGCAGCGGCCGGUGAUGCCGGCCCGGACCCCGACCCGCGCGUGUCCUCCCUGCUGUACCUUCCCUCCAACUACCUCGGUGUGCGCCCGGCCCUCGGCGCCCGCGGCCACCACAAGUCCGGCGCGCAAGUCGGUGCCCACGGGAGCCGCGCCCGCCCACCCGCGGCCCGGGGUCGGCGCCCCCCGCGGCCGCCGGGGACCGGCCGGAGCGCUUCCCACGGCCCCGCCCGCCGCCGCGCGGGUGGGGGCAGGGCGCGGGCUCCAGCCCCUUUGAAAUUUGAGUCUCGCUACCAGCAAGUUCGGAAUCCCGAGACACCGGAUCCUCCGCUCAAAAUGUUCUCCUGAAGGUGGAAGGACCCGUGGCCGACGCGCGACGGAGACGACGCUCUGCUCUUCCCGGGCUUCUAAACUAUUUAUCACGUGUGUGCAUAUUUGUGGGUGAUGUUUGUGCGCCUGAGUUUUCUGUUUGGAAAAUAUUUCGCGUGGUCAAUGUGGUUAUGGGGGGGAAGAUGCAUUUUUUUUUCUAGUCUUAAAACUAAAAACUUGAGUCUGUCA